AUGCGCAGGAUCCGACCCAGGAGGGAUAAGGGCUUUGCUGGGGGUCGCUCGCACCCAAGGUUCCAGCACAGCCGACGAAGUUACAAAAUUAAAAAGCUUUCGAUCAAGCUGAAGGAGAUCUUCGAGACGCCCUCCGAGAUCGUGCUCGUCCUGGAGCUGGUGACGGGAGGAGAGCUCUUCGACAGGAUCGUGGAGAGGGGUUUCUACAGCGAGCGGGACGCAGCCCACGUCGUCAAGCAGAUCCUGGAAGCCGUUUCGUAUUUGCAUGAAAAUGGAGUUGUCCACCGUGACCUGAAGCCGGAGAACCUGCUCUACGCAGACCUGUCCCCCGACGCUCCCCUUAAAAUCGGUGACUUCGGGCUCUCCAAGAUCGUGGAUGAACAGGACACCAUGAAAACCGUCUGCGGGACGCCGGGGUACUGCGCCCCCGAAAUCCUCCACGGGUGCCCGUAUGGCCCUGAAGUGGAUAUGUGGUCCGUGGGCGUCAUCACCUACAUCCUGCUCUGUGGCUUCGAGCCCUUCUUCGACCCGCGAGGGGACCAGUACAUGUACAGCCGCAUCCUCACCUGCGACUACGAGUUCGUGUCCCCGUGGUGGGAUGAGGUUUCCCUCAACGCCAAGGACUUGGUCAGAAAAUUGAUCGUCCUGGACCCCCAGAAGAGACUGACCGUCUACCAGGCUCUGGAGCAUCCCUGGGUCACCGGGAAAGCCGCGAAAUUUGCUCACAUGGACAGCACGCAGAAGAAAAUGCAGGAAUUUAACGCCAGGCGGAAACUGAAGGCUGCCAUGAAAGCCGUGGUGGCUUCCAGCCGCUUGGGCAACCACGGGCACCACGACUGCUCCCGCAGCGGGCGCAGCCAGGGGGGGCCCCGGGACGCCUGCCUGCCCCAGGGGACAGGGACCACCGUCCCUGAAGCCACCACCACCGAGGACCUCGAUGCUUUCCGGAGCGACUGUCCCGCUGUGUCCAAGGUUCCCGUGAAUGGCGCCGGCUGCAAGAGCUAA